CGUUUGAAAGUGCACGAAUUCUGUGAACUUUGUCUAAGUCCAAUGACAUUACCGGCGAUGGAGCUUUACCAAAAUCGCAGUAAAGUGAACGAGGAUAUGUACGACUUGCGACGGGCUCCGACGCAACAAGACGUCAAGAAGAUCCGCAUCGUUGACAAUAUCUAUGAACGCGCAAGAGGAGACCGUGAACGAUUCGCGAUGUCUCCGGGCAAUAAUCAUCAAGACACAAUGGAAUAUGCGUCGGAUUCCAGCAACGGAAGUUACAAAGAAAUACACAGGAAACCAAUAGAAGGAAAAAAUUCGUCACCCGUCGCAGCGUCCAGCGCUUUCACUAUUGAUAAUAUUCUUGGUAGGCGCGAGAAGAAAGAUGCAGAUUUGUCGUCCGGGUUAAACGAUUGCGAGGACAGGGAAGAGGAACAGGGAGACGAGAAAAUUGAAGACAACCAGUUCAUCAGACCAACUGCCAUAUCAGCGACACGUUCAGAAAUGAGCCCAGGAUUAUAUGCACCGACAGGAUUAUCGUAUUCCGAAGUCACACUUUCAGAUGCUUCAAGCUAUUCGGCAACAUCUCUUGCCUCUGCAUCUAUCUUAUACAAUAGUUGGUUUGCUCAAACGAAACCCGUACAGCUGUUCGGUUUACAAGCGCCCAAACCCAGUGGGAGACGGUCCAGAAAGCCGGGAAUUGAUCGGAAACCACGACAGGCGUACAGCGCGAAGCAACUCGAGAGGCUCGAAGCAGAAUUCAAGAUCGACAAAUAUUUGAGCGUGAGUAAACGAAUGGAAUUAUCCAAGUCGCUAAACUUGACGGAGGUACAAAUAAAGACCUGGUUUCAAAACCGUCGUACCAAGUGGAAGAAGCAACUUACCUCCAGAUUGAAGAUCGCGCAGAGGCAGGGGUUGUUUCCACCCGCAUAUUUCCCACCGGCUCAGUACCCUCUGCUGCCAUACUACACCGCACCCCUUGUGUUUGGGCCACCGGCGUCAGAUGACGCCAACCUGACCCCGACGGCGAUACCGUCCGAACCAGUAGUAUCGUCGCCUGAUACUGUCUGAGCAGAUAUCGACUCGAACUACUUGGCCGACGCGAGUCGCGCGCGAAGUGUGCAAUCGAAAUGAAAACGCUA